AUGGUUAAACACACUAAGCGUAUCCGUGGAAAAAAUGACCCCCACGAUUCCGACGACGGAUUUGUUGAGAAUGAGGCACCACCCUCAAAGAAAUCAAAAGGCAGAAAGGAGUCUAAUUCGAAAGAUAUUUGUGAAUCAAAAAACGCUUGGGAGCUUUCUUCCGGUAAACAACCUCGAUUCGUAGAAGUGACCGAGUUCAAAGGGGCUAAUCUCAUAAAUAUUCGAGAAUUCUACGAGAAAGACGGUGGGCUUUUACCGGGCAAGAAGGGGAUUUCCUUAAAUAUUGAUCAGUACAAGGCACUUGUCAGGGCCAUACCUGCUAUUAAUGCAUAUUUGAAAGAGAAGAAAAUCAACUUUGAUGCGCCCACCGUAGAUCUAAACGUAACAGCUACGGAAAGGGAUCAGGGAAAGUCUGGAAAACAAGUCGAGUCAGCUAGAAACAUCAGCAAUACAGCCUCUAACGAUGAGGAUGAUGGCGACCGAACACUAUCAUAA